AUGAAUAUUUGGAAUAAAAAUGAAAUCAUAACUCCAAUUUCAGAGUAUCAAUUAAUGAAAGUAAUUUUGUUGAGUAUCAAUAAGUCAUAUUAAAAGCAUCUCCAUUAGAUAAUAAAAAUCAAGGCAACUCCAGUUCAAGUUGAUUAACCAUAUAUGAGGAAAAAAGAAGUAUGUAGCUUAAAAAAAGUACGGGAAGACCCAACAAUCAAGAAGGCUUUAGUAUCAAGGAUUCUAGAAAUCAAUCAUUGUCCAUCCUAUUAUGGGAAAUUGGAUACAUCAGAUAUUCCACGUCCAUCUAAUUUAGGAUAGAAAAUAAUUGAUAUGAAGAGAUUGAUAGAAGAUAAUGAAGUAUGUUAGUAAGAAGACAGAUUAGUCCAUUGAAAGAAGGCUUAGAUAAACUAGUUCAGUCAUUUCCUUUGAUAAGAUUAAAAAAGAGUAUAAAUAAAGCAAGAAAUAUCUGAAGAACAUCACUUAGAAUUCAAGAAGAAUUUACAAUUGCUUUUUGCCCUAAAAUUUCAGAUCAGAAACUCCUGUUCAAUCAAGAACAGUUGACAUAAGUAUCAAAAAACACAAUAAAAGUAAUUUAAUAAAUAGAUUAUUUUUAAAGCACCCUUACCUAAAGUCUGA